UCCGGGUGAUGUUUACUGCAAAAGGGAAGAGCAUCCUGGUUCUGCUAACGAACCGCUGCUAGAUGUACGUCCACCACCCAUCCGAUGAAAUUAAUAUAUCACCGAUACUGCUGACAUACACGCCCACGUUAUCAAUAACUAACCCUGGAGGUGCUACAUCAGCUGCACCGGAGAGCAACGGACCGCUAACGGGGUGCUAACGAGUUAUCGUACAUGUCGGGCGGACUUCGCCUGAGCUCGGAUAUUUCUACGACGAGCUGGCGGGUCUUCAUCCCAUCCUGCCUAACAUCCUGCUCAGGCGCUUCACACACUCGGUGAUCGUAGCUCUGUCAGUCUGCACGGCCGCUGCGUCAGACCGGCCUGACGCCUUUCACCAGAGGGCGCAAGCAGCCAACGCCGAUGGUAAGGACCGCACCGGGAUCUUCUUAGAGCCUCAUUUCCUGGAGAGUCGCUGCGCCGCCUUCCAGUAUCGAGCCAAGAAGUACUUAGCGGGAGGGGACGGUCCUCGACACGGAGCCGCGAAGCUAGCGAUGCCCGGAUCCACGCCGGCCAGCAGCAAGGCUCGGGUGUACACCGAUGUCAACACACAGAAGAACAGAGAGUACUGGGACUACGACGCACACGUGCCAAACUGGAGCAAUCAAGACAACUAUCAGCUGGUGCGUAAACUGGGUCGAGGGAAGUACAGCGAAGUAUUUGAGGCCAUAAAUGUGACCAACAAUGAGAAGGUGGUGGUGAAAAUCCUCAAGUCCGCCAAGAAGAAGAAGAUCAAACGGGAAAUCAAGCUGCUCUCCUCACUUAAGCCUGGUCUUGUCCUCUCUUUGCAGUCCAGAACACCAGCGCUUGUCUUUGAGUGCAUCAAUAACACAGAUUUUAAGGAGCUUUACCAGAAGCUGACAGACUACGAUAUCCGUUACUACAUGUAUGAGCUGCUCAAGGCUCUGGACUACUGUCACAGUAUGGGCAUCAUGCACCGGGACGUGAAGCCCCACAACGUGAUGAUCGACCACCAGAUGAGAAAGCUGCGUCUUAUAGAUUGGGGUUUGGCAGAAUUUUACCAUCCCGCUCAGGAAUACAACGUCAGGGUGGCCUCUCGGUAUUUCAAAGGCCCUGAGCUGCUAGUGGACUAUCAGAUGUAUGACUAUAGUUUGGACAUGUGGAGUCUAGGCUGCAUGUUGGCCAGCAUGAUCUUUCUGAAGGAACCGUUUUUUCACGGCCAGGACAACUACGACCAGCUGGUCCGCAUCGCUAAAGUUCUCGGCACAGAUGAGCUCUUCGGUUACCUGCACAAAUAUCACAUAGAACUGGACACUCGCUUCAAAGACCUGCUGGGACAGCAAACGAGGAAGCGCUGGGAGCAGUUCAUCCAGUCGGAGAACCAGCACCUGGUGAGCCCAGAGGCUCUGGACAUGCUGGACAAGCUGCUGCGCUACGACCACCAGCAGAGGCUGACGGCGGCCGAGGCCAUGCAGCACCCCUACUUCUAUCCUGUGGUGAAGGAACACGCAAACGCCAACACAGACGGCACAAAGGCCAUAAGCGGCUCCAAUGCGACAUGAUAACCAGAGAGCAGGAAGAAUCUUUGUUACCUCAACUUGUGACCUUUUCGUGGCAGAAACGUCUGCCUCCACAUCAACAGCCAUACUGGAGCAAGAUGUCAAUUUUGCAGCAUACACAAACACGCACGGAUUAAACUUCUCCCAACAAAGCCCGGGGGAGUGGGGGGGGAAUCUACGCUGCUGAAAUCAGAUCUGAGCCCCUCCUCCUCCUCCUCCUCCUCCCUCCCUCCCUCCCUCCUUUCAUCUUACUCUUCCUCCUGCCUCCCAACACUCCCCUCUAACUGUUUUUAAAAUGAGCAAAGUGACUGUCGUUGGAUCAGUAUCAAGCCGGUGUUGUGCUGUAAAGACGUUUGUCCGUCAUUACGACGCUGUGGUGACCCGAGAUCCAGUUUUAGCACUGAGUGGCAUGGCGGCUCUUUUCUGCUACGGAUAGAACAAAAGCUAUAUUGAAAGAGAAUAAACCAUUUUUAUUUAAA